ACAAGCAGAAAUCCGUUCGAGUUCAAGAGGCGAUGGCCUUCGGGAUUUGAUAGGCUAUCGAUGGGCUUCAUAAAGCGAGACAAGAAUGAAAACACGCGAAACAACGACGAGACUAUGCGAAACAACGAUGAAACCUCCAGCUUGGACGUUUACGAUAAAGGCAUGUAUGACAAGCUGUUGGACGAUCUAUACACCAGGAAAGCACAUGAGAAUCCACCUCAAUUAAGUAAGCGUUAUUUUGACCGACUUUCGUCGGGAUUUAUUCGCAAGAAACGCUCAGCUGUCCCGAACUCUCGUUCGUAUGUUGGUAAUAGUAUACAGAAAUCACAACUAAACGUUCAGAAAAAUGUAGAUACAACCAACCCCAUGGAACAUCCGGACAGUGUUGGUAAGAGAGACUAUGAUAGGCACGUGACAGAACAAGAACAGGGUAGGGAAGACGCCGUAUCUGGCAAACGGGGUUUUGACAGACUGAAUGCUGGUUUUGUGAAACGUCCAUUCGACCGAUUAAACUCUGGAUUUGUGAAACGUCCGUUCGACCGAUUAAACUCUGAAUUUGUGAAACGUCCGUUCGACCGAUUAAACUCUGGAUUUGUGAAACGUCCGUUCGACCGAUUAAACUCUGGAUUUGUGAAACGUCCAUUCGAUCGAUUAAAUUCUGGAUUUGUGAAACGUCCAUUCGACCGAUUAAGCUCUGGAUUUGUGAAGCGCCCAUUCGAUAGACUUACAUUAGGAUUUGUUAAACGUCCUUCUGAAAGCGAACUGGAUGAACCAGUUCAGAUGUAUAUAGAUGAUGAAAAGCGUGGUUUUGACAGGUUAAACUAUGGCUUUGUGAAACGACCUUUCGACAGACUUAAUUUUGGAUUUGUUAAAAAGGACGCCGAAAACGUUAAUAACGGCAAUGCAAUUAGAGAGGAAAGGUACUUUGAUAAAAUGAAUAUGGGGUUUAUCAAACUAGAUAGCUUGAUGUCAACAACUGAUGCAGCUUCCCGAGUUGAUGAUAAACAAGGCAUUGACAGAUUAAACAGCGGUUACGUCAAGAAAGAGGAUAUCCUUGAUGACAGGGACUAUUAAAGCGGUCUUGGCUUGGAAAACAAAGAUUUUUUUGGCCGUUUAACCAAUGGGUUUGUGAAGAAAAAUGGUAAUGCUACUAUGGAGAGCAAUGAAACCGACACCGAUAUGGAAAAACUUCGAUUAAACAGGAUAUUCAAUGGCUUCGUAUAAAGUCCGCAAGACAACAACAGAGGUUCAGAAGACUAUCAAUACAACAUUUAAGAGAUUGACUUCUAGCUUCUUUAAAUAAAACGAAGCGUCAUAGUUUGAUGAACAUGCAUGCGCUAAUGACAAUCGCCAUAUAUAACUUUUUGUUCAUUUUAAACAAUAGAGAAUCUUCAGUAAAUGUUUAUAGGAUUUCAAAUUUAGUCAUAAAUCUUAACAUUUAUGUUUUGAGUUCUUAUACGA